UAAGCUUUCGUUGAACGUGACGAGAGCACAAUCGUCAAUCAACUAACGUUAGUAAUUACGCUAAGGCUGCAGUGUUCAUAUACUUUCGAAGUAGUUAAUAAAUGUACCCUUUCGCCCGUCGUCUGCUACUUCGAUGAAUAUUUCAAUAUAUUGUAAACUUCUAUUAAACAGCUGUGAUUAUAACUAUGAGUAGAUUUUCUGUUCAAGGGUCCUUUUGCAUUUGCCUCAGCCCGGUCCAUAAACGUGUUCACAGAACGUUGUUCAAGAAACAAUAGCUUAGAAAUUUUAAAGUUCUGCAAAAUAAUUUACUUAGCAGCUUUCUAUCUAAACGUGACGAGAUUCCACCGUUGUUGUAUUGGCAGGUCUAUUUUGAUAACUGAGUUUGACGAAUUGUUUUCUGUAGUAUUAUGUUACCUUGCAAAUGAUUGACAAAUGACGAGCGGAAACGAAUAUACGGCUCAUUAAUCGAACCUAAUGCUUAGAGUAAAUAUAUAGAAGGUCUAUCGUGUAUACAUACCCCCACUCGUUUUGCUUCCUCGCUUCACCUUAGACUGAAUAAAUGUAUCGAGUUCUACGUUCGGAACUGGGAUCUGUGCUGAGUCUUAUGAUAAGCAUGUCCACUUUAGGAUCACAUGGCACGAUUCGAACGUUGGACUCGAAGUGGCCGACAAGAAGCUCUGAGAAUUUUUCCAAUCGCCGUUGCUAAUUAAGAACGAAGUAGUUCAAUUCUAUUGUUGUCCAUUGAAAAGCAAAUGAACUGACGUGUGCAUCAGUACAACAAAGACCGAGUUGUUUGCAGCGACUUUUUCAGUCGUGCCGGAUUCUUCGACCGUUCCGCGACCCGGUUCAAGACGCCACUACAUGAACGUGUCGGUUCCCAGUUUAAAGACGGACCGUGUCGGGCCGUCGCUGCGCGCCCUAGUCAGAGACAGUGAACAGUUGGCUUUAGAGCUAAAUGAAGGACAAGAUCUUCCCAGGGUCAUACGAAGCGUUAACCAAAUGUACAACGAUGGUUCACAAAUUAAUGCUACUGCGUCGAGCGGAUCAGGGAAUCGCGAGCAAGAAGAUGUCCAGGCUGCGAUACUUAUGGGGACGCGGGGGUUUAACUUGCCUUAUUUAAAGCUUCUCGUUGACCAAUUUCCAGCAAGUCCAGUGUUUGCACAACGUCAGAGUAUUCAGAAGACCGACGUCAAGGGCUUCUUAGACAACGAACGCCAAAACGCUGUCAUAUCGGCGAUUGCCGAGAAAGCGCUGAUGACCCAGAACGAAAUCAAUCGCUUCAUCCACCGCGUACAGAAUGAAAGAUGGGCUGAACAGAAACGACGAGUGCUGGCUUCGGUCGAGUUCAGCACUGACAAUGUCAGUGACCAACGAUUACAGUCAUUCAACGACGCGCUCGCCAUAAAGAACUUGACGUGGGCUCGGCAGGCUCGUGAGACGAUCUUGACUUCGUUAGGUACCCCAAUACGAGCUAGCCUAUCGACAGAGGAACGCAAGUAUGCUCGUGCGCUGUCACAACAUAACGCUACGUCGCUGUCGGGCGCACAGUUUGGCGAACCGCAGACUCUCAUCGACAAAAUGAUGCAGGCGGUAGAACAGCUGGACAUAACUUUGCUUUGGCGGCUUCUGAAAGAGAUGCAAACUUCGCGGACGAUCCUGUCCAACGAUCGUCUGCCGCAGCUUGAAGUAGCGAAGAAAUUUCUCGAAAAGAAACGUCUCGAAGAUAUCCGCAGAGUCGUUUAUGGCAAUCUGAAAAAGGCGUCGCUUGGCGGCGCGCCCGGCACGGGAUCACUCAUACGCGCGUACUUGAAUGUGAAGCCGGUAUAUCGAUUUUCUCCCGAUGAGCCACUGGUGUAUGGUCAUCCUGUAUGGGCAGUAAUGUAUCACGCCUUCCGCUGUGGCGACCUGGCAUGCGCUGCUGAGGCGGCCACACAAGCUGAAAUGUUUGAUCUUGUUGGUAAACUUCAGGAAUGCCAACGUAACCCUCAGCAGCGAUUGGGUGAUGAAAGUUCAAGAGUACUACGGAUCAUAUAUUAUCGAGAUUAUGGUUUAGGUUUGAACACGAACAACCCGUACGCGCGGGCCUUAUUAGCUAUUCUGGCCGGCUGCGAUGUCAGUAACACGCACGGAGAUCUCGGCAUGGGGAACAUCGAAGAUUACAUUUGGCUCAAAAUGUGCAAGGUGCUCGCAACAAAAACCCAGGAAAUCGACGUGCUCAACUUAGCGGAUCUACAGUCAGAGCUGGCAGACAGGUAUACGAGUGCCGACUUUGAUGCCUUGCAACGACCGUUAACUUAUGCCUAUGUGUUAUUACUUACGGCGCAAUUCGAGCGAGCCAUUGGGUUCCUCUACCAGAUCGACGAUCAGAGAUGUCACGCGGUGCACAUGGCAAUUGCAUUAGAUCAGCUUGGCCUGCUGAAUCUCACGACUCAGCCAGGAGAACGUAUUCUUGUACGUAUAAAUGAUACUUUUCAGAUAAAUAUGCCCCGGUUAAUCACCGUGUACUCGCGUCGCUUUGAGAUGUCCGAGCCUGAAAUUGCCCUUGAAUACUAUUAUGUCUUAAAAUCCCAGCAUGGAGCGCUUUGGCUGCAAUGCAUCAUCGAAUUAGUCCUGGAAACAAAGGCGUACGCGAAAAUACUUGGACGACGAAAUCCAGAUGGCGGAACUGUUAAUGGCGCUUUGGAGAAGUUCAUUCCUCUGGGCAGAAACAAUGAAGUACGUAAACAGGUUACUAUCGCAGUUGCUGACGCGGCCGUAUCACGCGGUUUUCACGAAGAGGCUGUGGCACUAUACGAGCUCGCUGACGAAAGGCAGAAAUGUGUUAAUCUUCUCAUUAAAGUACUAUGUGUUCAGGUUAGCCAAGCAGGUUCUGAAGGCAGUAAGCGAAGUAAACUUCAGAAGAUCGCACAUCAAAUUCUCAUGCGCUAUCCUUUUCCUGAUCUUACGCUGCUGAUGGAGCUAAUGGAGUUCUUUGACCUCUAUCAUUUAUCGAAGAAUGAGGAGGCUCUUCAGGUAAUGGGGAGACUUCGCCUUAUUCCGCUCCAAAUGGCCGACGUCGAUGUAAUGAUCGCCGUAUUCUGCGGACUAAACGAACAAAUCCGGAGGAUCAUCCCGGACGUUCUACUGACAUUAAUGACCAUUCUGAGCGAUCAAUACAGGAUGAUUAAGAGACCGCCGCAACAAAGUGCUUCUGUUAUGGUUUUGAUCAGAAGUGGGAACCUGGCGAAGCUAGAACUUAUCAAAAGGCAGGCAAAUGCCAUUAUUAAAUAUGCCGGCAUGGUUCCUUACCGAUUUCCCUCAAACGUAAAUGCCCGCUUAGUGCAAAUGGAGUCUGGUAUGGCAUAAAUAAAAUAUUCCCUAGAAGCUAUAGUUUCCUCAUAGAACGACCCAUCCCCCAAAUAGAUAUGUUUGACAUGUCCUGCGUGGGAAGUAAUUACGGAUUGAAUACAAGAUUUGCUUGACGUGUUUAGUAGGUAACUAGAAACGUUCGGCAAGCUCUCAUAAUGCUGCUAACGGCCCGUUCAUGGUUUUUCAAAUAGAGAACUACUAAUCUGAAAUUUCUAUUGCUCGCGACAAAAAUAAUCCAUUGCGCUUACAACUGCAGAUUAUGGUUCGUAAUGUGAAAGAAUAGACUAGCUUUUUGUAGGCACCAAACGAUAAACUCGCACAUUGUAGAACUUCCAGUGGCGAAUCAAGGGUUAACGAAUUAAAGGUAAUUUUAUCAUACUUUAUUCAUUUGCGGCAAUAAAAACAAAACUCGCGUAAUUAGGAGAUAAAUAAAGAUUGCUGUACGUGCUAUGGAUUUAUGACUAACUAGGAAAUCACCUAAGCUACAGGCAUCCAUCUUACAGAUACGUUGUAGGAAUGCCCGGUACCUUACGUUAGAGUGCCUUCGAUGUAGCUGCUUGACCGUAACAGUUUAACGAGCUUGCUUAAGACACCUAAAACACGUUUAGCUUUUAAAGUUCAGUAGGCUCUCUGAUAAAAAAAAAAUCAUAAUUAGCUAGACGGAGUGAUAAUUUUCGUAUGGCUAGAACCAUAAAAUGCUCCACGUAACUGAACUUCUUCGAAUUGUAAUGGGAAUGGUUUUACAGUGCCGCGUGGUCGGGAAAUAGUUCCGCAUUUCUUCGUUUCCUAAAUCACGGUUGACAUUAACUUUGUACAUAGCAAGCUUAUGACGAUACAUUUAAGUUGACAUUUUUCGUUGUAUUCUUAAUGUGUGAUAUAUAUGCUUUGUGAAGCUAUAUGAACAUGCUUAUGACAGGCGGAAAACAGAUGAACUUACUUACACUUAGGAAUUCUUCUGCUUAAAUUGUACCGACCUCGUUCUACUAUGCGCUCUCACCGAACACACUGCGAUCAGUAGUAUCUAGUAGAAAAUAUCCAACCUAACAGACAAGGCUAACUCAUACAUGUUUCCAUCGCCUGUUGCAAACAUGUAGCUUCCCAUCUGGCUAAUAACAAUCUAGGAAACUGAUUUUUGGCGAAAUAUUUACUUACCAUCUAUGCAUUGCUCACCAGUGCUACGAAUAUAAUCAAACAAGACCGAGUAAUAAUCUCUUAUGAUGUUAUAAUAAAUAGGUUAUGAUAUAUAUAUAUAUGUAGGUAUAUUAAAAAAAACGUUGGUGUUUGCAAAACUGUCGUUAAAAAUUUUGGGACAAAUGAAGCGAACGUACCUUCAACACUAAUUGCAACUACAUGAGAUCCAGAAUUUCGCGCGACGCAAGGUUAAAGCUUUUUGUUGUCCGUCCCUACUACUAUUCUCUGUUUAGAGAACAUGACAGUGAUCUUCAUUGCGAUUGCACGUUAACUGUGGUUCUGUCAUGCAAAUAAGCCAAAACCUUCUACCUCCAAAGAGAAUUGACGUAGGAAGCUCAGCCCGAAAUUGAGAGUAUCUCACUUCCACACGCGGGUUUUAUACAAGCUUUAUACGUCUUAUACGUACGAUCCUCAACAAACAGCUAGCUCGCACCAGUUUUCUUGUUUCAAAUAUACCACCGAACGUCUAUGCAAAUCAGAAGCUGCAGCUUAAAUCGUUUUUCGCUAUAUUACGACGAGGUUCUUUAAUGUCGAAUGCAGUAAGAUCAUAUCAGGAACACUGCAACUGGAAGCGCUGUACUGUAUCCUUCUGAGUAAAGAUUGAUGGUUCAGUGUUUCUUUUCCUUGAGACAGCCCGCAACAUUUUAAAAAUGGCAGUGCUCUUACUCAGGUUAUUUUUGCAUAUCCAGUAUAUGAUUUUCCCCCCUCACUACGUACAUUCUCACAAAAUUGGGUUCACCUUUUAAAACUCUGCAAGCCUCUAGACUAAAACUGCAUCGUUUGUAACCGACUGUUUGUUGUUCCAUGCUUCUUCUGAUAUGUGUUCCUAAGAGAAGGGAGGUACGCUUUAGAGCAGCAAUAAAAAUAGCAAGUCACGUCGCCUUUUUUGUCAAAAGCGAAACCAGCAUCUAUAUAAUAAAUAUAGUUUGCUUUCAGUGUUCUGAACGUUCUGCACGUAAAGUUGUCUAUUCUAUCUAGCUAUUUAUUCCACCUACCCUCAGGUUCUUUAAGCGCAGAUGAAAAUACUUAGAAAGGGGAAAUUUUAGUUGUGAAGUGGUUCUGCGAAUAAAAGUGCCACAAAUGAAGUAACGGGUAUGUACAUACUCUGGUAGAAAUUCUGUUAGGUUAGCACGAUCGUGUCGUAAAAUGUAAGGGGGGAUGACGGUUAGAGAAAGAAAAAUGACGACGGAACGUAAUUUUUGUAAAAUCAAAACUUGCGAUACGUUAGUGUAUAAAAUUACAUAAAUCGUGAUGUUGCUUGUGAUGUUAUAUCCUCUUUGUAUUUUUAUUUAAAUGGCUAUUUACACAUUCUCGGUGUAUUUACAAAUGCGCAAUUUCAGCCAUCAUGUUUCCCUCAUUUUCAUCUUGAUGUUUUCUGUUUCAAUCUUCCCGUAUUUUUUUCUUCUGUAUGUAAUAGGUGCAUCAUUUCAGCAUUGCUUUUUCGAGAUUUCCUCGUUUUUACGUGCCGUAUUAUAAUCCAUGUAUUUAUCUGUAAGCAACAUCGAACCAAACACCACACUACGAAGAUAAUUCCGUGUAAAUUGAUAAAUUUCAAUUUACGUAUGUCACCCAUAACAAUAGUUGAACAGUAAUAACCCGGUAUUGCAAUUGUUCUAAUUAUAUGACUACGGUAUCUUAAGUUUAAAAAAAUCGAGUACAAUGAUUGCAGUAGUGGGCUCACCCUCAGGCAAAUUACACUACCUGCAUGAAUUCAUUCUUACCAACAAAACUGCACACCAACAUACAAACCUGUUAACUACCUAACUAUUAGCCUAAUGUCGACUUAGAACGUAAACAUCGGUUACAGCAGGCCUCGUGACGAGUAUGGAAUAAAAGUACUGUCAGCCACUUUUGCCAGCAUACGCCUUUAGUUGACGAUGGCAGCCUUCGGCUAAGUCAAACAUGUCACUGUGACAAUUUCAAAUUAGAAGUUAGACUUUUGGCUUGCAUCGCCUAAUUUAAAUUCGUGUAAACGGCGAAUUGUGAUACUACUAAAAAAACAGCCUUUGCAAAUAUACAAUCGCGUAGGAUUGUGCUGUGUGAAAUACAAUAACGGUAUGUUGUUUUUCCUGCGUUUUAUCAGUCCAAUCAAAACAAUCUGGUCGGGCCACAUUGUUUGUUUACAUGUCUCACUUAGUCCUUUCCGCGGUAGUAGCUCUAUAUGAGUGUGACGCUCACGGUCCUCGCAUAUCUUAACGAAGCCUGACAAUAUCUUCUGCGCCUAAUUCGAAAUAAAUGAUUCAGCGAAUUCUGGGACUAGUUUCGUUUUCUCUGGAUAUAAACGUGCAAAGUACGUCGUGAUACCGAGAGGCCCAAGUUUUGGAAUUUGUUUGUAUAGUAAGCUGGUUUGUUUCUGGAUUUCUCUAACUCGGUUAUGGACUACGAAAUACUGCUGAAAACAGAUCGAAUUCUAAUAUAUUGCCACCGCUUACUUCCAUAUUCUCUAAACUUCAGCUCUUAGUUCGCGUAGUUACGAGCUUUGCCAAUCAUCGAGUCCUUCUAGGUAUUAUCUUUGCUGCAUAAUUCAUUAACAUAAUUAAGAGUACAGUGGAGCGAUGUCACCUUUAAUUGCUUCUAAUCCACCCACUUUCUAGCCGUCGGCGGCUAGAAUUAUCGUAUCGUACACUGAUUUAAAAUUACACGACCCAUCAUUUCGAUCGUCGUAUGUGGUUACAUUCGCUCGAGCCAUUCGUAUAUUGAGCCAUUAUUCCUGUCACUAUAUUCUCAAUUAUUUUUGGGUUUUUCCUCCGCUCAAUGUUUACUCUUAGACUGUUUUUCCUAUCUUCCUUUUUCUCCUGCAAUCAUCUAUGUAAACUUAACAUUUCAUAAUUUCAUCAUUAGCAUGAUCACCGUUAUAUAAUUAUGAAAAAUUACAUGAUCAUUUCGUUUAAACAGUUCUCAUUUCCAGCUGCUGUUUUGCACGCUGCAGAACUGGUAUGGAUAAUUAGAUUAUAAUUACAGAGAGGUGUUAAUCCGUUUUGUCCAAAAAAGACAGCAAAAAAGUUGUGAUCUAGGCGCGCCCAACACGCACUCGAUUCAUAGGCCGCUAACAGUAGGAAUGAUAAUAAACGUGGCUGGACAGGAGGAUGGUGGAGGGGAGAAAAAACCGCAGGCGCUGUGGAACGCGCUUAAAGUUCAGAUUUCUUCUCGCUGCUGCUCGACGCUUUUUUGACUGAAGCCGGAGUAGGUUUGGGAGCCUCUCUGGGCUUGGUGGGUGGUGUCGACGUCGUAGGCGUUCUCGUUAGGGGGGCCUGGGUGGGUUUCGGCGUCGUGGUUGCUGCCGUGGCGGUGGCAGGGGCAGCCUUAGGAGUGGGCGGAGCGGCGUGCCUUUGAGCAGCGGGUGUAGCUGUCAGUUUGCUUGGAGGCACUGAACCAAUAAUGGGUUCCGAUUUGCCCCCAGAUUGGUAGUCCUCGAUCAUUUUCAAUGCCAACUUAUAGUAUUCCAAAAACUGUUUCUUACCGGCGACAAAAUAUUUAUUGACAACAAC